AUGCCGACUACACCUCCACGGGAGUCGCACAAACUUCCAGUAGAGAUGAAUCUUCGUCUCCAACAAGAAAUCAGUCCUUCUCCUACCCUGUUAGGCAGUUCAUCUCUGCAUGCGAUGGAAAAGGAUCAUCUGCCUCCACAACCCAUCUGCCACAAAGCUUGGCCGCAGGUACUUCUGCCUGGAGUUCUGGGAAUGUUGAUAGUAAACUGGUUUCCUGAAAUAGGCAUGGCUGAUGCUGAGCCAAGUAACAAACAGCAUGUGACCACAAAGAAUACUGCAAAGCUUGAUCGUGAGACUGAAGAACUGAAACACGAAACCAUUCCAUUGGACGUUGGCAAGUUGAUUCAGCAAGGGCGUCAAGCUAAAGGACUCAGACAGAAGGAUCUUGCUACAAAAAUCAAUGAGAAACCACAGGGUGCAAGGCAUUUUAAAAAGAGGUCUGAAAAAGACCUAGCGUUCCAAAUAACCACGAUCUUGGAAAUAACCUCGGACGAUCACGAUGCUAUUGCAGAAAUUGCGACAAAGCAAUGGACUGAGUCAACCUACAGGAGGACCAAAAAUCGCGGGGAUUUGGCUAAAGAGGUACGGCGCUCAGCUAUUGCGGUACCCACUCCCGACUUUGCUAGAAAGGAGAGGAUCAAAAAGUCCCUUGAAUUCGUGUUCACCGGAACAAACAUACAAGUUAGGCUCCAGACUCCUACCGAAGACCAAGCCAAAUCAGCUAAUAUCAAGGGAGCUGCCACCAAAUACAAGGAAGGAAAAAGGGAUAUGAAAUACCUCAGGGCAGUCAAAGGGGUCGCUAGGAAAGACAAAAUUAGAAACGAAGUUAUUAGAGAAGAGCUGGGAGUGGAAUCUGUACUACAAAGGAUUGAAGACAACCAAUUAAAAUGGUUUGGGCAUUUAGUAAGGAUGAAGGAUACAAGGCCAGUAAAACUCAUAUGGGAAGCAAGUGUUCAACAGAAAACGGCAAGAGGGCGACCGAAAAAGACGUGGAAAGAUGGAUUGGCGAAAAUACUCAAAAACAGGGGAAUAAGUUGGAACGAAGCAGUGGGCUAA